AUGGUUUGCUGUCGCAGUUGCACUAGGAAUCGCAAAGGUCCCUGCUUUCUUCUCUUCUCGCUGCUGCUGCUGCUACUGCUGCCGCUGUGCUCCGCUCGGGGGACGUUUCUCGUCUCUGAGCUUCUUCCCCGCGCUCCCCAGGUGAGGCGGCCUUCUUCCGCAUCAACAGCGCAGUUCUCCCUGUCACCUCGUCGGCGACCUCUCUUCCUCCGCUCCGGCGAGAAGGAAGACGAGGAGAAGAUCAUGGCGAGGGCGACGAUCGGGUCACGGCCACCGAGCUGCGAGCGGCGGUGCGCCACCUGCGGCCACUGCGAGGCGGUGCAGGUGCCGGCGGUCCCACUGCAGCGCCGCAAGGACUUGAGCUCCAGGGGCGACGACACAUCCAACUAUAAGCCCGUGAGCUGGAAGUGCGAGUGCGGCGGCAUGAUCACCGACCCCUGA